GGAAUUCCCCAUGUGCGGGGAUUCCACGAACGCCACGCUUGGCCACGCAUCUUGUUUCGGAGCCGGACACCUGGUGUACCGGGUAGAGAGGAAGAGGGAGGUGGAAGAUUCCCUUGCGUGAGCGCCGUGACGUCAGCGCGUCGCGUCUGGGCUGUUUCCGAGUCCGCCCUCCCGCACUUAACCCUUUCUCCGCCCGAACCGGGUGAGGGCCGAGGGCCCAGGCUUCUGGGGUCGCGUGAACGAGAAGUCUGGAAACUGGGACUCCCAGUGAGCCGGAAUGAGCGCAGCCAUUGCCCGUCACAGACGGUGAAGAAGCUGCUAGAAGAACAGAGGCGCCGCCAGCAGCAGCCAGACGCCGGUGGGCUACCGGGACAGUUCCCACCUCCCCUGGCCCAGCCCCUGACUUCAUCUGUGAAUGAGGGUGAAGCUGGCCAUACUCACUUCCCUGCACACCAGGAGACUGUGGGUUCUGGACUUGGCAGCCUGGCGCCCCCCACUGGCUUUGUAGACUGGGACCCCAACACGCAUGCUGCCUACACGGACAGCCUCUACUCUUAUCCUGCUUCUGCUGCUGAAAGUUUUCUGACUCCUGACUUCUACUCACCCUCGGACCCAGGGCGGCCGUGUUCAUUUCCCCUGGGGAUGGAGGACCCCCUGGACACUCGGCUCUAUGCAGACCCUUCCCUGCCACAGGCAGGAUCCUGGAGGGCUUCUGGGCUCCCCUCAGGACCUCCACAGUUGCCUCCUGUGGUCACUGGACCAUCCCUGGACACUGCCCGUGCUCACAUGCUGGCUCUAGGACCCCAAAAGCUGCUGGCGCAGGAUGAGGAAGGAGACACGCUCCUGCACCUGUUUGCGGCGCGGGGGUUGCGCUGGGCAGCAUAUGCUGCAGCUGAGAUGCUCCAAGCGUACAGACAUCUGGACAUUCGUGAGCAUAAGGGCAAGACCCCUCUUCUGGUGGCUGCUGCUGCCAACCAACCCCUGAUUGUGGAGGAUCUACUGAACCUGGGAGCGGAACCCAACGCCACUGACCAUCAAGGACGUUCUGUCUUACACGUGGCCGCUACGUAUGGGCUCCCAAGAGUCCUCUCGGCUGUAAUUAACUCAGGGGUUCGGGUUGACAUAGAAGCCAGAGACUUUGAGGGCCUCACCCCACUCCACACAGCCAUCCUGGCCCUCAACGUGGCUAUGCACCCUCCUGACCUAUAUCCCCCAGUACUGAGUACCCAGGCCCAGGACAGGCUGGCUUGUGUCAAGAUGUUGCUGCACAUGGGUGCUGAUCACACCAGCCAGGAGAUCAAGAGCAACAAGACUGUUCUGCACUUGGCUGUGCAGGCCGCCAACCCAACCCUGGUUCAGCUGCUCCUGGCACUGCCUCGGGGAGACCUGCGGGCCUUUGUCAACAUGAAGGCCCAUGGGAACACCGCCCUCCACAUGGCGGCCGCCCUGCCCCCUGGGCCGGCCCAGGAGGCCAUUGUGCGCCGUCUGCUGGCAGCUGGAGCGGAUCCAACACUGCGCAACCUGGAGAACGAGCAGCCUGUCCACCUGCUACGGCCUGGGCCGGGCCCCGAGGGGCUCCGGCAGCUGUUGAAGAGGAGCCGAGUGGCACCCCCAGGCCUGUCCUCUUAGGACGCAAACCCAGAACCUGGACUGAUUUUCCAGUCCCCACCGUCCUGUGGGACAACCAGCGUAUGCUAAUGUUGCAAAUUCGUGAUAAUGUAUGUGGACAAUGUCCAGCCUUUGGGGUCUUACAUUAAAACCCCAAAAUGGCUGCUAGGGGGUAAACAGUCCCCAAUAUUUGGGGCGGUAUGAUACCCCUCCCCCACCCACAAGGAGCCCCCUUGAUGAUUUCUGUGAAAUCGAGGCCCCUUGAUUGUUUCUGUGAAACACCCUAGACCCCCAGCCCUUUCCCCUGCAGGAUCUUUCAGGGUCCCCUCUGCUAACUCACCUCUUUACAUCUGGAACCCCAGAUAUAAAUCCCUUACAUGGUACUUGGAGUACCCCCCAAAACAGCUUCUGGUACCAUCCCAGUAGAGCUCCAAGAUGACCCAGUGACCUCCCUUGGACCCAACCCCUUCAGGUCCCUAACCCUGAGACAUAGGAAGGACUCUCCUAAGUUAGAGUCCCCUAGGCCUUUUUAAGUCGACUCAACCAGGCCCCUGUCCCAGACCUCGAUAUUUCUAGUGAAUCCCCUCCCCUCUCUGAAACUCCUGAUUAAACUCAACCUGGACUGGAACCAUUA